AUAUCAUCAUUGCCAUCAGUAAUCACAGCCCUGCCACAGGGGGCGAAAAUUGAAAUCAUGGCUGAUCAUCUUGCUGAUCCAUUUCCAAAGUUGGGAAGUGUUUAUAGAGCAUCUGGUUCCAAAACCAAUCACUUGAGCCGGAAUGGAGCGAACCCAAAACUGAAUUCUAAGCAAACUGGUGACACGGGGGUGAAGUCAAGGCAUGUACAGGACAUGUCUGCUGGCAGUGCCCCAAGACCCCGGUGUUCUCAAAAUUCUAGUUCAAAUGCAUGGGGAGAUCCAAAUGUGAUUCAUAUGAUGAAAAAGUGGGGUAAUGGGGGAUCAGGAGUGGCUAACAGCAAUAACCUACAGGACCAAAGCAAUUCUUCAAAGGGUCUGGCUUGGAGGGGAAAUGGAAUUUUGAAUGACAGCAAGUUGCCUCCUCAGUCAGUAAUAUCUCUCGCGUUAGAGAAAGGAGUAUAUUCAUCUGUUGGAGUCGAUACAACUAAAUCCAAGGAUUGCAAAAAUGAUCAAUGCAAGGAUGAAAUAAUCCCAGAACCCCAUUGUGAAAACAAUGAUGCUGAGGUCGUUGACAGUGAAUCUGAUAUUGUGUUUGAUAGUGAAGAUGAGGUUUCUUUAGAUGACAGUGACUCAGAUACCGGAGAGAAAAGCCAUGAAAGGAGCAAGAAGAGCAAGUGGCUCAGGAAUUUCUUUGAUAAAUUAAAUGUACUAACCAUUGAGGAGAUAAAUUCACAAGAGAGGCAGUGGCAUUGCCCAGCAUGCAAAGGGGGUCCCGGUGCUAUUGAUUGGUACAAAGGGCUGCAGCCACUUUUGAAUCAUUCCAGAACAAUACAAGCAAGGAGGGCAAGACUACACCGGAUGUUUGCUGAAACUUUGGAGGAAGAGUGCUUCAGGAGAAAAGCUCCAUUGACAAUGGUUAGUGAAGUCCAUGAUGGAUGGGAGGGUCUUGAUAAGAAAGUCAAGGAUCAUGAAAUAGUUUGGCCCCCGAUGGUAAUCAUCAUGAAUACACGAUCUGAGCAGGAUGAAAACAGCAAGUGGACUGGAAUGGGGAACCAAGAACUCCUUGAUUGCUUCAGCGAUUAUGCUGCACUAAAGGCUCGGCACUCGUAUGGUCCACAAGGGCACCGGGGGAUCGGUGUUUUAAUUUUUGAGGAAUCAACGGCAGGUUAUUUAGAAGCCAUGCGACUCCACAAGCAUUUUAAAGAGCAGGGAAGAGAUAGGGAAGCUUGGUAUCGUUGUCAGCAUCCAUUUGUCCCAGGUGGGAAGCGCCAACUUUAUGGUUACUUUGCUUCGAAAGAAGAUUUGGAUAUUUUCAACAGGCACUCUGGAGGAAAGUUGAAAUUGAAGUUUGCAAUGAGAUCAUAUCAGGAGAUGGUUGAGAGCAAGAUAAAGCAUAUUAAUGAUGAUAGUCAACAGCUUGACUAUUUUAAGAGCUUAUUUGCUAAGGAACAAAUGAAAUCACAAGUCUAUGCAGAAUCUUUAAAUAAAAUAAGUGAGAAGUUACACCUCACAACAGAAGAAAACCGUGUUGUGAGAGAACGAAUUGAAGAACAGCAUCAAAAGCACAAAGAGGAGAUGGAUGCUCAAGAAAAUUUUUUCCAGGAUCAAAUGCAAGUCAUUCAACAAGCUAUAGCUGCAAAGGAAGACAAGUUUGCGAAAUUGCAGCAGGCAAAGCGAGAAAAAGUUGGAGAAUCUUCUGAGAAAGAGGACGACAAGGUAGAGAAUAUCUCUCGUUUUGUAUGUCCCAAAGACGAGAUGAGGCAAUUCGAGGCAAAGAGAGCUAAUAUCAUAAAAUUUCACCAAGAAAAAAUGUUGGCUCUGAAGAAGAAGCAGUGGCAGGAGCAGGUUGAACUUGAGAAGGAGUUUGAAAAUGAAUUGACCCAGCUCAUGGACACCUACACUCCUGGGCAGUCUCAAGAAGAGAGUUGUCAAUAAUAAAUGGUGGCUAGGUAGAAAACAUACAGAGAAGUGGCUAAAGGCAAAAACAUCUACAGGGAAGUUCAGAGUACAUGUUCUGCAACAUUUUCCCUGAAUUUACUUUCUUUUUUUUGGUUUACCAAAAUUUUACUUGAAAGUUGAAAAGUGAGAGACUUGAAAAAGCCCCAUCAUCACCAAAGUUUUGUUCCCAUGUUUACUGAUUCUUGAUAUAGUUUUUGGUUCUUGAUAUAUUUGUUACAGUCUGCUUGCAAAGGGCUACCAACAUAACUUUUGUGCUGAUUGAAGUUACUAUCUUACCAUUGGGUAUUUUGCUU